UAAGCAGAUCGACGAUCAUCUCAACAAAAUCGAGUCACAAGUAAAAGAUUUGACUACUGGAGUUUUGGAAGUCCAAACACGAGUGGAAGAUGUCGGGUUAGACGUAAAAGAUUUAGGGACAGAAAUGUCAGACGUCAGAAAAGGAUUGGAAGAUUUCACAUUAGUUGUAAAGACCACAUUGGACAGUGUCGGCUCAGAAAUGAAACAUGUGAAGACACGAGUAGAAGCGGUCCAGUUGGAUGUCAAAAACCUGCACACCCCUCUUGGAGAUAUCUUGAAAGAUGCGAAGACUGAAGUAACAGAUGUAAUAACACGAGUGGAAGAUGUAUGGUCAGAAGUGAAAGAUGUGAAGACAGGUAUCAAAGCACAAACUGCAGAAGUAGGAUCACUUGCUUCACAUAUGAUGGAACUAAAAGCGAAUGUUCCUUUCAUGAAAGACGUUUUACAAGCAGAAAAGUCAACAGGUCCACCAUUUCCUGAGUCCUGUAUCCCUUAUAAAAUCCCACACUUUGUUGGUCGCAAAGAAGAGUGCCAAAACAUUUUAGAUCAGUUGACAAAUGGAUCCACUCGACUGGUUGAUGUUUGUGGUCCACCGGGAUUUGGAAAGACCUCCGUGGCCAUUCAGGUGGCACAUGAGUUGCGAGAGAGAAAGAUUCCGGUGUACUUUAUAUCCCUUCACGGCUUAAAAACCAGGGAUGAUUUAGUCUCAAAUCUACUUGGAAUACUUGUCGAUGCCAAGCAGGCAUUUUAUGUAUCACCCUCUGACUGGCUCAUGCAAUGUUUACAGAAAUGGCAGUCACCUUUUGUCCUUAUUCUAGACAAUGCUGACGAUCUACUUGAAUCUGGAGAUACCCAAGUGAGAGAAGAUGUCCUUAGGUUUAUCGAAGAGCUCCAAGCCAAAUGUAAGCACAUAAAACUUCUCGUCACUACCCCUGAAUCCCUCGAAGAUUUAAGUCAUAAGCUCCCCAUUCAUCCGGAGAGAGUUGGUGUUCUGGAUGAAGCCUCUUCUGAUGAAUUGGUGAGGACCCUGCUAUCGAAGGUCUCUGAAAGCGACUGUAAUUGCAUAUUGAAGAAGUGUGGAUGUGUACCCCUGGCCAUGAGAUUGAUGUGUAGCAUCAUUACAGAACAAAAUGUUUCGGUUGGUGAACUUUUAGAAGAACUAAAUGAUUCGCCUCUAGUUGAAGUUUUAGAUAAUGAAAGUUUGACCAAUGAUGCGCGUCUGAAGACCAUAAUAAACACAUCUUUUCAAAGACUUACAACCCUCGAAAGACAUGCCUUUGUCGCCAUCGCGGUAUUUCCAGGUUGUUUUAGCAAGGAUGAAGCUAGAGCUGUGUUGAAUUCGAAAACUGUCGUUCAGGCAGGGAAAAUUCUUCGAUCGCUGAAACGAAAAUCUUUACUAGACUGCAGCGACGAUUUUGAGAACUUCACAAUCCAUUCUCUCCUACGAUCCUUCGUCGAGCAACGUAGAAUAGCGGAAGAUGAAAUUAAAAAACAUUUCGCCGCAGCGCAACUUCGUUUUUACGAUUAUCACAUUUCUAACUUCAGAGAGGCUAACGAAAAGUUUUUAACCGGUUCUUCAAAUGAAGCAUUUGAAGCCUUCCACAGCCAGCGGGAGAACAUCCAGCUAGCUAUUGUAAACGGAAGUAAAAAUGACGAUCUUUAUUCUAAAGUCGUCGAGGCAUUGUCGAAAGCCGAGUUAUUUGUCUAUGCUGUACUACCCUGUCAAGAGCCACUACUCGAUAUCUACUCCACCUCAAUAGAGGAAGCAAAGAAAAGACAACGUCGAGACGAUGAAUGCAAGUUACUUGCUGCCAAGUCCUUCAGCCUCUUGGGUGGGUUUUACUCGCGCCCUCGGAGUUGGGAUCAUUCCUUAAAAGGUGGUAAUGAAAAUGCCGAAAAUCCUCCCGCAAAGUAUUUGGUUUACCUUGGCAUUCAUCAACUGCUAUCCCGAAAUAUUGAAGACGGCAUAUCGUCCCUCAGAGCGUCUGCGGAUCGUCUUGGUAGUGACAAUGACGAAAGAAUUCUCAAAAUCCUUGCCUGUCAUGUACUUGCUGUUUGUUACAGAAAAAAGAUGGACAAGGAAAAGGCGUCUAAAUUUGAAACCUUAUGUGUCAAAGAAUGUGAAUUGUCUUCAUGUUGUCCUGCAUUUCUUGAUCUUUUUUUACCAAACAAUGACAACGAUGCAACCAGUGUCAUCGAAAAAGAUGUAUUCGUUUUCGCUGUUAUGGCCGAGCUGUUACCGUUACUUUACAAUAGACUCGAAUUUGACCAGCAGACGGUAACUGAACUGUCCUUUAUGACCCGUCACUUCAAAAGAUUUCAGAAUGUCAUACUUAAGUUAUUUGAUGAAGGAAUUCUCUGUACCAGGGUGCUUGAGGCUUGCUGCAAUGCAUUAUUUAAUUUAAAGUGUUACAGGGAAGCUGCUGAAGGCUUUCAAAGGAUAACAGACAAACUAGAAGCCCUCGAAAGCAGGAGCAAAAGUGCAAGUGAAACUUACUUUGUCCAUGGCUCAGCGCUCGAACAACUGAAGAACUUCAAGGAGGCUUUCCACUAUUACGAGAAAUCGGUAGCCAUCAAAAUGGAACUUUUGAAUCGACCUGAAGGAACACACGACAUCGAAGAAAUUGAUGAUUUUGUUUCGACACUCUUGAGUUGUCUCAAAACCCAAUAUCUUUGCAACGCUACCGCUGUUGGUCAUCCUGACAGUCUCAAAGCCACCUUUGAAGAGCUGAAAACUGUUGUACAGUCUGAGUCACUGAAUGUUUCCAGUAAAAAUCACGAUGAGAUUUCUAAUCGUUGCAAGAUGUUCGCAGACUGUCAGUUUUGGAUGAAGGACUUCGCUGGGGCACUCGAGUCAUAUCAGCAGGCGAUAGCCAUAACAGAAGAGCAUGACAGUGAUCAAGUCAAAUUAGCAGCGUGUCUUUUUAGUAAAGGAACUACGCAUUUCGAAAUGGAAAACUACACUGAAGCUAUCAAAGCAUGUCAAAGUGCUUUGAAUUUGGGAAUUUUGGACGGCCAAGAUACAGCUAAUAUCUACCAUAAACUUGGAUUGAGUUACUGUGCGCUUAAUGACUUUAGCAAAUCUCUAGAAGGACAUCAACAAGCCUUAAAGCUCAUGAAGACACAUUUAGGUGACCACGAUCUGACAGCUUCGAGUCUCAAGGAAAUUGGAGUUGUGUACUUCAGAAUGGGACGUUAUGAUGCUGCUGAAGAGAAACUUCAAAAUGCUGCCGACCUUAUGACAGAAAUAUCCAAAACAGAACAUGAAGAAACCGCCAAUGCGCUGUUUUACCUCGGCGAAGUAUAUUUGGCACUGGGAAAGCACAAGGAAGCUUGUGACUCUGGUAAAGAGGCUCUGAAAAUUAGACUGAGAUUACUGGGUGAGCACAUAGAUACAGCUGUAAGCUUUCACUCUUUGGGAUCUAUCUAUUUCGAGAUGAAUGAUGUCAGAAGAGCUGUUUCGUGCUUUCAGAGAGCAUCGGAGCUCAAACAAAAGCUUCUUGGAGAACAUUUAGAGACAGCACGGAGCCAUCACUGCCUUGGUGAGGCGCAGAUGCUCCAGGGUAAUACUGUGGAUGCUAUAGGUUCCCUGCGCACUGCCUUGAGUAUCAGAGAGAAGAAUUUCGGAUCCCAUUCUGACACGGCUGCGACUUUAGAACUGCUAGGGCGCGCUUUUAGAGCCGAGGGACAAUCUGAUUCAGCUUGCUUUUGUACCAGACGCGCACUUGAAAUGAAGAGGCAGCGACAAGCAGAGCAGAAAAGUCACACGAAUGAUAAUUGCACUAUCAUGUAAAAGUAUUCUCUGGAGUAUUAUUUCAAGGUGCAAACUGGUAUGCUAUUCUUCCCUUUUGAUAAUUUUAUCCCUAACCGGUCACAGUAAAAGUUCUUUAUAAUUUUCAUGUUUGUGAAAAGUUAAGAAAUUUAGAACUUAUAUCAUGUGAGCUGACAGAAGUAACGAACGAAAAUUGAAAAGUGUUACGAUUUUUUCGAGGAGAAGUGAUUGAGAACACUUAUAAUGCUUAUUGAUUUAAGGUAAUUCCUCAGUAUUGCAGUGCACAUCCUGAACUGCGCAUAGAAAUCUAAUACUCAUUCGAAUAAGUCCGCGCGCAUUCCGUGAACACGGUAAUGUUUUUCAAUAAAUGGACCAUUGGAAGAAAAGUGAUACAGCGGUCUUUAGCUCUUAAAUGAGCACAGUGACCUAUAUCUUUUAUUGCACAGUUUUGAUGUACAAAUUAUCCUCGUAAAGUAUGAGAAAUUAAAAACAAAUUCAUCUAAAAAUAUAUAUAUAGCUAAAAGUGUGCACGAAGCCCGUUAAUCGACGAUGCAAAUUAUUACCUUAAAAGCGGUGACUUCAGUUAAGGAACGUUUUGAGUCGAUGUCGUCUAAAAUUUCGGGAUUUUUCUACAAAUUUUGCAUCUGAUAUCGAUUUUCUAAAGUAAAUUCCACCUAUUAGUUUGACUCACAUAAUGAAGGAUUUCAUCUCAUACCUCAUUCAUAAAACUUGUUUAGUUAAACCGGGUUUAUCUGAAUUAAUAAUAUACAUGAAAACAUU